AUGGCGAGUGAUCGCAACGCCCAAAAUGUCAUCCGCAGGAAACUCGUCAUCAUUGGUGAUGGCGCUUGCGGCAAGACAAGUUUGUUGAGCGUGUUUACACUUGGUUUCUUUCCAACAAUACCAACCGUUUUUGAGAACUAUGUAACGGAUUGUCGGGUGGAUGGAAAGUCAGUCCAGCUGGCUCUAUGGGAUACAGCCGGGCAGGAGGACUAUGAACGGUUACGGCCGCUAGCGUACUCCAAAGCGCACGUCAUCCUGAUAGGCUUCUCGGUCGACACGCCAGAUUCACUGGAUAAUGUCAAGCACAAGUGGGUUGUUGAGGCACAAGAACGGUGUCCCGACGUACCGAUCAUACUCGUUGGCUUGAAGAAGGAUCUGCGGGACGACCCCGUGGCAAUAGAGGAGAUGCGGAAACGGUCACAGCGUUUCGUUUCUCCCACCGACGGCGAGCACGCGGCCAAGGAUAUUGGCGCCCGCAAGUAUCUCGAAUGUUCCAGUCUUAGUGGGGAGGGCGUCGACGACGUUUUUGAGGCGGCCACGAGAGCGUCGCUGCUCAUGUUCGAGAAGUCUGAAGGGAACGGGUGUUGUGUGAUAUUAUAA